ACGUGUUUUCCCUUUUCGGACCCCAUGCUUUUUGGCUUUGGCUCGCUAUCUAAUGUUUGAAAGUUAACUUAAUCUGUAAAAUAAAAUACAUAAAAUGGGGGGAAAGAAUAAACAGCGAACGAAAGGAAACGUUCGGCCGUCCAGCAGCGGGCGGGCUGCCGAGUUGCUGGCCCGGGAGAGUGGUGUCGUACCCGGGUUCGUGGGGUUCGCCACCACAACGACCACAGAGCCGGGCUAUGUGCCUGCUGUCCAUGGGGCAGAGGAGAUUGACAACCUGGUUGAUGCUGACUUCCGCCUGGUGUUGAGGAAACUAUCAAAGAGAGACACGGUCACCAAACUGAAGGCAGCACAGGAGUUCGGGGCUAUGUGUCAGGAGCGGGACUCAGAGGUCGUUAAAGGAGUUCUACCUUACUGGCCCAGGAUCUACUGCAAGAUUUCAAUGGACCACGACCGACGUGUGAGAGAGGCCACCCAGCAGGCGUUUGAACAACUGGUGCUGAAGGUGCGGCGUAGUCUAGCCCCCUACCUGAAGAGUGUGAUGGGCCACUGGCUGCUGUCUCAGUGUGACAGCUAUCCUCCUGCUGCCUCUGCUGCCUGCCAGGCCUUCAACGCUGCCUUCCCCCCCAGCAAACAGGCUGAGGCUCUUAGCUUCUGCAAGGACGAGGUUCUCACUGUACUUCAAGACAACUUGCUGAAGGAGACGGCAGACACCCUAAGUGACCCACAGAGUGUACCAGAGGAGGAGAGGGAGGCGAAGUUCAUCCGCCUGCUUACCAGCUCUCUACUGGGGGUGAAGAGACUGCUGUCCUCCUUACCCCAGACAGACACACAAGACCUGCAGGACAGACUGACACACCUCCUCAACCAGGCCAAGUUCUGGAAGUACAGCAGACACAAGACCCCACAGGUGCGUGGUGCUUUCUUCGAGGUGGUGUCUUCCCUGUGUGAACACACUCCAGGUCUGGUGCAGACUGAGGCUGCCAGAGUAUGUCCCGCUGUUCUACUGUCUAUAGACGACACGGACCCUGUGGUGCUGCCUCCUCUCUGGGAAGCUGUACUCCACACGCUCUCCACCUUAACAGACUGUUGGAGUCAUGUCAACGCCAGGAAGGCUGUUCUGCCUAAACUGUGGUCCCUGUUAAAGGAUGGGGGUAAAGGUUUGGCUACAGCCCUCCACCCUAACCUGCUACCCCUCAUCAGUAAACUACCCACUGAGCUGUCUCACGUGGAGCGUGCUGUGGCCAGUCCGGCAGAGAGUGCAGCUAUCGUGGUAACAACAGGUAACAACAUGCUCCUAGAACAACAGGUAACAAUAUGCUCCGUGCUCCUAGAACAACAGCUCCUCCCCCUCAUCGACAGUGCCUUGGGAAGCCCCUCCCUCCAAGCCGGUCCCCUUUUCCCAUUGGUUACGGACAUGCUCGUCUCCUGGGAGAAGAGGGCUGGACUUCAGGAUGUGGGUGUGCUUAGCGAGGGAGAGAACGAAGUUGUCUUCGAUAGGCUGCUGGCAGACUUCUGGGAGGGGCUUAGGGUGAUGUUAGCCCGUCGUGUACAGAGUGACAGUCUGGAGCAGAAAGACCUAGAAGGAAUGUCCUCGCUGCUACAGGUGAUGCAGAGCCCAGUGAGUGCCGGCAGGAAGCAGACCAAGAAGAAGAGAUCGGUGAAGAUCUGUUUCUCUGAGCCAGAGAGUUCUGGUUCUCCAGAGGAAGAGGGCGACGUGGCGCUGAAGUAUGCCCAGCUGGAGGCCCCCGAGCUGGGCCAGGAGACGGCCGAGGGCCCCCUGAAAAGCUGGCACCUGGAGGAGAUUGUCUGUCAGCAGACACAGAUCAGUUACUCCCAUGUGAAUGAUAAGAACUCGGAGAGACAUCUGGUGUACCUCUCUCUUCUCCUUCGCUCCUUCCAUACCCCCAGGGUCUUCACUAUGCUGCUCAUCACAUCAGAAGAGGAGAAAUUAAAAGGGAAGGAUGAACAGAAGGCAGACGGAGGAGGGGGAGGUGGCGUGCCCCCUCCCAGUAACCCUGCUGUGCGGUUUCUACUGGAGCGUGUGGUGUUGUGGCUGGGGCAGGAGGACAGGAGAGACACCAGUUACCUGGUAGAGAUGGUGUUCAGUUCUCUACGCUGUUGCAGUCCACAGGAGACCACACGCAUCCUCAACCAUAUCACCACGAUGGAUCUAAAAUGGGGAGUUCUUCUCCAGAUCAUACAAAAGGCGUGUGCGGACCCUGUAUCUCUGCAGGCGUGUGGUGAUUGGUUUAAGGGCUCCGUGCUGGGUGAGCGGCUGCUGGGGUUGGCUGAGGAGCUGUGUGAGGUGGGACUUAAAGGCUCCGGCUCCGCCCCUAAUAGGGACAGCUGGGCUCUGAUCAGCCUAGCGCUGUCUCAGCAUCAUAAUAAUGAGCCCCUYAUAGGAGCUGUGUACGUGGAGAAGAUGAUAGCCAAGCUUCAUGCUACCCUGUCGGCGGCUAAAGGUCUGUCUGAGAGGGGUAACCUAGAGCCGCUGGUGUGUUUCAUCUGUGACGUGGCAUCCACGUUCUUCACCUCCGUAACACACUGCCUCCUACUGGCCUCCGCUGAGGAGCUACUGCUCACUGUCUUCACACUCANACACACAAUGGACUCCCUGCUGAAGAAGCUGAGUCAGGUGUGUCAUGCCGGUGUCCUCUCUUUGGUCCAUCACUCGGGGUCAGAGGUGAAGGAGGGCAGCUUCCUAUACAGCGCUGCAUUCUGGGUCAAAACCCAGCUGCUCACCUCCUCCCUGGGAGUCAAAAGUCUGCAGGUGUUGGUUCUAGCAGUCCAGAGACUAGCUGACACACUGAGAUCUGUUGGUCAGCGAGGCUCCGCCCACCUCUCUCAGUUCCUCUCCUUCCUGACUCCCAGCCAAUCAGAGUGGAGCAAGAUCAGACAGGCCCUGCCCCCUCAGUGGGUGAGGUCUCCCCUGCUGUCUGGACGUCUGAGGAUGGUCUGUGACUACCCCUGUGUGGAGGUCUGGAAGYUCAGAGGCUCGAGCAGACUGCCUGCCCACCUGUGUGUGUGUGCCCUGCUGACCAGAGUGGUCUAUGACACAGAUAUGACUGCUACUACUGGUACUGCUGUUGCUACAACUGCAGUGUGUCCAGAUGACCAGGAGGGGGCAGGAGACUACAUGAAAGACUUCAAACACACAGGUGUGUGUGGGUGUGUGUCGGUGCUGUUGUGCUGUCUCAAGGCCUCUACACCAGUGCAGGAGGAGCUGCUAACAGCUGUACUGGCCACCAUGAUGGAAUGGAGAAACAGCAAAGAAGACUGGUUUCUAUUCAGCAGUACUCUACAGGUGCUGUGUCCCUAUCUGACCACAGAGGAGAGAGAACGUCUCAUUUCCCUGGCUGCCGCUGGCAUACUCAACUGGCAAGAGGACCCCAUUCCUGUCUCGGCUGGUGACUCAUUCUCCCACAAUCCUCGGGGCAGCCAGUGGGACUUUCUGCUCUGCUCCAUGCUGGCAUGGCUAGAGACUACUAGUGAUAACGUGGGGUGUCUGUGGAACCCCUGGGUGCAGUGUUGGUGGUGUUGAGAUCUGUGAGCUGAUCGUGCAGCUGAACCAGUUCUUCACAGCGCCCCCGUCUUGUGUGGAUGAACCUACUGCCCUCAGAAGCUGACCGCAGAGUGGAACGACUUCUUCAUAGAGGGAAUAUACAGCCUGAUGCUGCCCCUGCCUGGCAAGAUCACUGAGGCCUUCAAGGAGCCAGACGAUCCACUGUUCCCAUUGGCUGUCUUGCGGUCUGUGGGCAUGGCUCUGACCUACGUCCCGCUGCAGCAGCUUACCCAUAAUUCCUUGCCAGCGCGGUUCGUGGCAGACCAGAAGACAAGCCUACCUGAGGCACUGCAGACCCUACUCAACACACUAACUCCUUUGCUGCUGUUCAAAGCCAGACCGCUGCAACUCACUGUCUACCACAUACUAGACAAGGUAAUGCCUACUCUCCCAGAGUGUGAUGGAGAAGGAGACGACACCAAGCCAGAGGACGAUGGAGAGGAACCGUGUCUACCGGCCCCAGCGGACCUACAGGAGCGCCUGCUCGGAGAAGGUCCCCAGAACCAGACGACG